AACCUUGUGGAAAAUGGGGGCCUUUCACCUGCCAAGUAUGCCAACACGGAACUCAUGAAGAUCCCCAACUUCCUCCAUCUAUCCCCCGAACACAUACAGAAGCAUUGCGAGGCCUUGAAAAAAUUUACUACAAAGUGGCCCGAGGGACUCAAGACGGAUAGUGAUGUGGAGAAGCACUAUCCAGUCGAGGUGGUUUACCGCACAUUCCUGAAUAGUGCCCCCUCUAUUCGUGAUCGACGCGCUCGUUUCGUCACUCUGCGCAUUCCCUUGUCCACUUUAAAGCUGGACAAGCGAAGUCGCCUGAAGCUGCUGCGUCUAGCCAAAUCCUACGGUUUUGAGCGUGAUAUGGCACAGUACUAUGCGGACUCAGAUACACUGGAGUUGAAGUCAGGUCGUUGUCCAGUGAAGCGGCAGAACUACGACUAUCUCACUUAUGUGCUCACCGUGCUUACGAUGGAAUCCAAGGUUAGCUGA